AAGGAAUUAAAUUGUGGUGAACAAAGGUACUCUGUGGAGAAAUUUCCCCACAAAAAACUCCAUGUAUAUCACACUCGGUUUCCUAGUCAUUAACUUCUCUACUCCAUUUCCUAGAAAUGUGUCACCAAGUCUUCCAUUUUCUGCCGUUUCAUUUCUGCCAAAUUCUUGGUUGUAGUAAUACUACUCCUCGUUCUUGGUGCUGUAAUUGAUCCUUUACAGUAAUUAAUUAUUAUAUACAGAUCGGAGCAAAAUGGGCGGACUAAGCAAGUUAAGCAGAGUACUAACGAUCAUCUUCUUAAUUUCAGUCGUGACGCUUUUCGCUGAACUCUUCUACGUUCUGUGGCGCCGCCGUGUCUUCCGCAGACGAAACCCACAAGCCAGCACUGCGGUUGACGGUGGUGGAGAUCAGCCAUCUCAUUAUUCUUCUUCCGAUUCUUCAUUUCUGUCCAUAGCCUCCUCCAAGGAGUUCCUUUAUGCCUUCUGCAUAAGAUCUCACUCCCACUCUCGUGUGGAACCCAACUCCACAACUCCAACUAGUUCGAACGGGGAAUCGCAGAUGGAAGAAAUCGAUAGCGACAUCGUGAAGCUUCAAUUAAUGCAUGGACCGUCAAGAUUCUUGUUCACCAUCAAAGAAGAGGAAAGAGAAGAAUUGGAAGCAGUCGCUGAGAAUAAUAAUAACAAAGAAAAGGUGAGCUUGCAGGAGUGUUUUACGGUGGCUGAAGAGUCGCCGGAAAUUAGGGUAGAGAUUGACGAUCACGGUGGAUGCGAUGCGACGCCGUUUACAACACCCUGUGCUUCGCCUUUGUAUUUCACUCCGUCGUGUUCUCCGGUACACGAGAUCGAUUCACCCCUAUGAAAUACAGAACGGCGUCACGUUUGAGUUAAAGGUGUAGACUGAUAAUCGCCAGCCGGUGAUAUCCCGAUACAAAGGUCGUCUGAACUGAACGGCCUGGUGUUAAUUAAUAAUUUCUCGUUAAUUUUGUCCUUUUAGUUACUUUUCCUUUUUGUGUUUAUAUGCUGCAAGGUUAAUACUUUGUUUAACUAUCUUAAUUAAUAUCAAUCAAUUUUGAACAA